CAUGGCUGCUAAGGACUCAGGGUUCCUGAGUGAAGUGUUGGACAUCGGGAGUAUGUAUUGUAUUGGGACCCUCAACUUAAUCUCCAAGAUGGUGGAUGGUGCUUAUGAAUGCUGGAAAAUUGUUCUACUUAAAGGUUUGGAGGACACCAGUGUUUACCAGUUUAGAAUGAUUAAGUUCUUACUGACCAGUACAUUAAACCUGAGGAAGGAAAUGCAAGAAAAAUAUGACAAAGUUCAGAUUGCUAACUUGAUGGUUGACAAAUUCCCACGUGACACCAGUGUGGACAAAAUUAUACAACUCUGCAAAGAUAUGCCAGCACUUCAACACAUUGCAGAAAUUCUUAAGAAGGAAAAGUCAAAAGUUGUGAAUAAAAUUAAAUCUACACCAGAAAAAAGAACAACCCCGUCAGAGAAGAGCAAGCAGAAAGAAAAGGGUCCCACUACACCUGCCCCAGAAAGAAAACGGUCCACAAGCACAUCUCUCACAUCUGAAGGCACAGAGGUGACUCCUGGACCUCAGAAAAAGAAAAACACAUCCAAAGGAAAGGAUGGGACCAAAAGGAUUAAGGUGUUGGAGGAGCAGACUCAGCCUCCCUGUCCUGCAGGAGCCAGCACGUCCAGAGCCAUGGGCUAUCCCUCACCUCCCCAGACUGCAUCAGCUCCACCGAGCACUUCCGGGCAACCACUAGAAAAUCUGAUCUCCGAAAGGGCCCAAUGGUGGUGAUGGUGCUGAGUGCAGCAGAUCCGUUUGCAUAUGAGUCCUCAGAAAAGGAGACCAAAACAAUGUUUCAUGCUACGG